AUUGUACUCUGGCGCCUGUUUCUAACCAGAUGAUAAUCUAUAAAUCGGUGCACAAUCCGUGACAGGCACCUAUAAAUGACGUCAGAUAUCGCUAAACGUCAGAGAACUGUUCCAUCAGCCAAAGCAUUUGAAUUUAUCUGGAAAAGACCGGUUCCUGAAGUUUUGCAGACUGGGGAGCAUUUUGAUCGAUAUGAUGAGGAAACAGGAAUUCUGGAACCAAACUGUUUCGUUCGGGUAGAUAAAGAUGGUUUUUUUAUAUACUGGCAAAGUGAAAACAAUGAUAGUCAGCAGCUUGAACUCUCUCAAAUAAGUGAUGUUCGUUCUGGAACAAAACCUAAGGAUGAAAAGUUGACUGCACAAAUUCAAGAAAAAUCUGGCAAAUCAUGGGAUCGUAUUGUGACAAUAUGCAGUGGUUUAGAUUUGGUAAAUAUUAACUACACUCAUAUGGUAGCUAAAGAUGCUGAAACUGCUUCUUUUUGGAUACAAUCUCUUCGUAGUUUAACGCAUAAUACCAAAGCAGCUAAUGUUUGCCCUAUGACUCAAUUAAGAAAACAUUGGCUACGACUUACACUAACUUUGAAUGCUCGUAAUCGAAUUCCUGUUCGUGUAAUUAUGAAAACAUUUGCCUCAGGUCGUAAUGAACGAAUUGUAUAUCAAAGUUUAAAAGAUUUAAAUUUACCUCAUGGAAAGAAUGAUGAUAUUGAUCCAAAUGAAUUCCCAUUUGAAAAAUUCUACGAAUUAUAUCAUAAAAUAUGUCCUCGUACAGAUAUUGAAGAUUUAUUUAAAUCUCUAUCAAAAGGCAAAAGUCACAUACAUGCAGAUAAAAUGAUAGAAUUUCUCAAUGAAACUCAACGUGACCCUCGCCUAAAUGAAAUUCUCUAUCCAUUUGCUAACAAACAAACUAUUAAGUAUAUCCAAGAAAAUUAUGAAACACAAGAAGAAUUCAAAAAUACUGAUGAGGUAUCCAUUGAAUGCUUUUAUCGUUAUUUAAUGUCUGAUGAUAAUGCGUGUGUAUUUUUGGACAAGUUAGAUAUUUAUCAAGAUAUGGAUCAACCACUCAGUCAUUAUUAUAUUAAUUCAUCACAUAAUACCUAUUUGAUUGGACGACAAUUUGGUGGUAAAUCAUCUGUUGAAAUGUAUCGACAAGUAUUACUGGCUGGUUGUCGAUGUAUUGAAUUGGAUUGUUGGGAUGGUCGAGGUGAAGAUCAAGAACCAAUAAUCACGCAUGGUAAAGCAAUGUGUACUGAUAUACUAUUUAAAGAUGUAAUUUAUGCAAUUAGAGAUACAGCAUUCGUAGCAAGCGACUGUCCAGUUAUCAUGUCUUUUGAAAAUCAUUGCAGCAAACAUCAACAGUAUAAACUUGCGAAGUAUUGUGAGGAGAUACUUGGAGAUAUGUUACUUACUAAACCUUUGGAUAAUUAUUCGCUAGAACCUGGUGUUGCCCUACCUCCGCCUGAAAAACUUAAAAGAAAAAUCCUUAUCAAAAAUAAACGUUUGAAACCGGAAGCUGAAAAGCAACAAUUGGACUUAUUUUUAAAAGGUCAAACUGAUGCUAUUCAAGAAGAAAAUGAAGUCACUGAAGAUCCGGAUUUAACAAUUGAUAGAGAUGAUGGUGAUGGAUGCUCGGCGAAUAAAGCAAAUAAUGGCGAGUUCACAGCGACCACUACUACUACUGGCUCCGGUGGUGGGGGUGAAACUGUAAUAUCUCUGAAUGCAACACCUACCCCACAGUUGGUUAGUUGUACUUCCAGUGCUGAAUUGAAAAGACUACAGUUAAAGAAGGAGGAAGGAAAUUUAACAGCUGAAGAAGAACAAAUAAUGAUGGCUCAUUAUCAUUAUACUGGUGCAACAAGUAGUAUACACCCAUUAUUAUCAUCGUUUGUUAAUUAUGCACAACCUGUAAAAUUUCAAGGAUUUGAUGUCGCAGAAGACGAGAAUAUUCAUCAUCAUAUGUCUUCAUUCAGUGAAACAGUGGCUUUGGGAUUGUUAAAGAAUCAAGCGAUAGAAUUUGUCAAUUAUAAUAAACGUCAAAUGAGUAGAAUUUAUCCUAGAGGAAAUCGUGUCGAUUCAAGCAAUUACAUGCCACAAAUAUUUUGGAACGCUGGUUGCCAAAUGGUUGCGUUGAAUUUCCAAACUCCUGAUUUAGCCAUGCAGUUGAACCAAGGGAAGUUCGAAUACAAUGGUAAUUGUGGUUAUUUACUAAAACCGGAGUUUAUGAGACGUCCAGAGCGUCAAUUUGAUCCAUUCUCUGAAUCUCCAAUGGAUGGUGUUAUUGCAGCUACAUGUGAAGUGAAAAUUAUAUCAGGACAAUUUUUAUCAGAUCGUAAAGUUGGCACAUAUGUUGAAGUAGAUAUGUAUGGUUUACCAACAGAUACAAUUCGUAAAGAAUUUCGUACUCGAGUUGUCCCUAAUAAUGGAUUAAAUCCAGUGUAUGGAGAUGAUGCUGUUUUUGUAUUUAGAAAAGUUGUUCUUCCAGAUCUUGCCGUGUUACGAUUUGCAGUUUAUGAAGAUACUGGAAAAUUAAUAGGUCAACGUGUUUUACCAUUGGAUGGUUUACAAGCUGGUUAUCGUCAUAUAUCUCUACGUACUGAAGGCAAUUUCCCGCUUUCUUUACCUACUCUGUUUUGUCAAGUAUCACUUACAACAUAUGUUCCUGAAGGAUUAAAUGAUUUAGUUGAUGCUUUAUCAGAUCCUCGUGCGUUUUUAAGUAAAGAAGAACAACGAAUGAAACAACUCGCCAGUAUGGGUAUUGAUUCAUCAGAAAUUGCUGAUGUACCGUCAACUGGUGGUGGUGGUAACGCUAAACGUGUUGGGGGUGGUGGCGGUGGUGCCGGUGGUGGUAGUAGUAGUGGUCUAGGAGGUACUUCUGGACAAUUAAGUGGUUCUAUUAUGUCUAAUAUUUCCGGCUCUGGCGAAACUUCAAAUGUUUCGUCGAACAGUACUAAAAAAGAUGAAAAGAAAGAUGAUCCUAAAUUUGAUCCGAUCUCGAUCAGUUUAUUACAAACGGAUAAAAUGUAUCAAAAAUUGAUUAAAAAACAGGCAAAAGAAUUAGAAAUUUUACAGAAACGACAAGAAAAAGAUGCUGUCACUAUGUUACGCAAUCAUACACUCAUUACAGAUAAGCUGAAUACAAGCCAUGCUAAAGAACGUUCAAGUACAAAACGAUCAGUGAAUAAGGAAAAUGGACAAAAUGCUGCUUUACAAGAUACACAUCAUAAUCAGAUGUGUGAACUUGUCCGUCAGCAUACAGAUCAAUGGAGUAGUCUAAAAUCAACACAAAUGAAAGAAGUUUAUGAUUUAGUGUUGAGCUUUUUCGAUUCACGUAAAGAUUUAUUAAUUAAGAUUAUGAAAGAGGUUCAAGAAGAACAGAAACGUGAAUUACGCAUUAUACAAGAUCGUGAAGUGAAAGAAAUGAAAGCACAACAAACUAAAGCUUCAAUUGAAUCAAACCGUUCCGUAAUGAAUGAUCGUAAAUUACGCAAUAAAGCAGAACGUGAUCGUCGUAUACGCGAAUUAAAUGAUUAUAAUACAAAACGAUUUAUAGAUCAACGUAAACUACAAGCUCAACGACAUGAUAAACAAACACAAGAAUUAAAUAAACGUCAUACUUUAGAUGAACAAGAUAUCAUCAACGGAAUUAAAAAAGAACGUGAAGAAUUUAUCCGUAAAUAUGAAGAAGAUCUUUUAGCUUUGAAACGUGCAACUGUCAUCUAGAUUCUUAUUCAAUAACGAUAAAAACAAGCAUUUCUUUCUGAUUGAUUUUACUGCAUAAACAGAUUUCAGUUAUUUUGGUGUUCGUUUGUUUGCUCAUAUCAUUGUUCUGUUUAUUAUUAUUCCUCAGGGUGAACACUACUGUCGUCUUUUUCUUCUUGUCUGUGUUGUGAUGUGACAGGUGUUUAUACUAUUUUCUUCAAUGUAUCAUCCUAGUGUUCAUGACAUAAAUUACAUUAGCACUAUUGAUAGUGUCUCAACAUUGAUUAAGACCAAGAACACAGUAUUACUACUGUCAUCAUCAUUAUUCUAUAUGUGGAUAAAGUUAAUUUCUUAUCAUUACAAAUGUCAAAUGCUCACUCCACUAAUCACACACACACCAAACAUACUUUUGUAAACGUUUGCAUACUGUUAUGACUAAUUAUGCAUUGUGACUAGUAGUGUAGAGUGGAUAUAGACGGAAAAUGUUGUAUUGUUUUAAUUUAAUUGAUCUACAUCAAGUUUAUUAGUUUCAUGUAACUAGUCAGUGAGUUUCGUCAGUGUUUCCCAACCUAGAAGCUGACUUUUUUUUCGUCAAACAACAGAUCGUUGUACAAUCUAUUUCCCUAUCCCUUCUACUCAUAUACACUCUCCAUCGUUAUGUGAUUGAUAUAAAUGCUCGGUAUUCGUAUAGACAUAUGAAUCUUCGAGUUGAAAAGUAUUACGUCUGUGAUAUAACUCGCUAUCUUUACUUCCGCUCGUUCAAACUUUCAAACGUUUUGUUAAAUAUGUAUGUACACAUUUUACGGUUGUUUACGCACUCAAAAAUACAUAUAUGUUUACAUAUAAUUUGAAUGUGUUCUGUGCAAUAAACAUUUUUCUAUUCACAUUGAAUAAAAAGAAAACACUAGUACUUUCUAUGUUUCAUUUAGAAUGUUGUCUGAAAAUAUGAAUAAUAAUUAUAAUAACUGAAUACAUUUAUGGUCAUAGAUUUUGUUGACAAAUCACCUUUACAACUAGAUUGUACUAUUUACUGUUAGAUAUUGUAUGUUUAUUAAAAUUGUAGACAAUGAUUAAAAAUAUUUUAAACACAAUGUACUAAUACUAAUAGAAAAAAACAGGGAUCAAAUUCAUGUGUACUUAUAUAUCAUCCAUGUAUGUUGAGAGUGUUACACAGUGUUUAUAAUGCAACUAAUAAAUGCCCUGUUUACACAUGCACACAAAUAUACAUAUUUUCAUUUAUAAACAUUUAGAGGAAUUAUUUUCUACGAUAAAAACACAAUCUAUUCACCAAUGAUAGAUAACUUGAAAGUCGCAAUUUUGUCAUUAUUUGUGAUUAACUACUGUUGUAAUUUUUCCGUCUAGUAUUAUAAUUCUAAUUUACUUUUGUUAAAAAGAAAUAUUUAUUGACCAUAUUUUGUUGUUGUAUGUACACUUUCAACAGGAUUAUACAUAUUCUUUCAAUUCCUUUGCUUUCAUAUAUGUGUGUUUCCAACUUGUAAUGGAUGAUUAUUGUAUUUGUUGUUUUUAAUGUGAAGAUUCCUUUUCUACAACAACUAAUACUAGUAUUUGAUUUAUAAGUAGAUAACUAGAUUAUACAUUGUUUAUGGGGAAAAAAACUCAGAAACAGAUAAAUAAUGAAUGUUAUUUAUUCACAUGUGGUGUGACUUCCAUGAUCACACUUAUUCCAUUUUCCUUAAAAGAACUUCUCUAUGUCAUUAAUUCAUUUCUUUCAUUUUCAAUUGAUAUAAUUGCUUUCUUUUUUUAUUCAUGUUGUCCUUACUAAGAGAUGGAGUAAAAGGAGAACGUCGAAUAUUACGGCUAACCUUUCCCUCUAAAACUGGAUCGUUUUUUCUAAAGUGUCUAGACCUUUGUUUUUCAUUUUUUCUCUCGUUUCUAACCUGUUUUGUUGUUGUUACUGUCUGUAUGUACAUUGUCUUUCGAUGAAUUUGUUAAUAAACAAACUAUUCCCACUACUACUAAUAAUACUAGGUGUAUAGAUAUAUACUACUUAUAUUUGGAUAUAAUGACUAAUUAUUCCACAUAAUAAAAAAAUAUUCGGAC